AUGAAAGAAUUUGAAAUCUUAUUACCAAAUCCUAAAGGAGCAGAUGGUGGUUUGACAUUAUCAAAAAGAAAACCAGAUCGUUACUUUAAUGUGCAGCUUAAUUACAAUCUGUCCAAUACUAAAAAUAAAAUUAAUAAUGGUGUCGAUAAAGAGGGUAAAAGUGAUAAUAUGUUGUCAAAAAUACCCGAACAUCCACCAGAAAUAUAUAUUGAAAGAAAAAUCGUAACACCAUAUCAAGAAAUCAGGCAAGAAUAUAUGAAAUGUUAUGAAGCUGAACAUAAUAAAUAUUUAGAGAAGUUAGAAAAGAAAUGGAAGAUUAGUAGAUGGAAUAAAAGAUUUAAAAAACAUGUUAAAGAAGAGAAAAAAGAAAUGAAGAAAUGGCGCAAAGAAUUUCAAAAUGCUGUAAUGAACUCACAAAAAGAAUUUUAUGAGAAACUUGGAGAACUUAAAUUGGAGGGGAAGGAAGUUAAAAAGGAAGAGGAGGAUGAUACUAAUACUUGGCUAGAAAAUUUAAAACAAAAGAAACGGGUUAGAAAGGAAAAGGAAGAGCAAACAAAAGCAUUAGAAACUUGGAGACUUGAAUAUUCUGGUCUACCUAGAUAUAAACCACCAGAAACAUGGUGGGCAAAAAAUAGAGAUAAGAUCAUGAAGGAAGCCAUGAAGAAAAUUCCACCAAAGAAGCAAAAAUAA